AUGUUUGAGCCGCCAAAAGAUCCUUUAGACGAACGGCCAUUUCAAGCGAUUGCUAGUCACAGAGAUCUCAUUCAUAAUGUUUCGUUCGAUUUUUUCGGAAGGCGUCUGGCGACAUGCUCAAGUGAUAUGACAAUUGCGGUUUGGGACCGCAAACCGGAUGGUGUUUGGAAACGAUCGGCGAUGUGGAAAGUGCACGGCGGUGCGGUUUGGAGAGCGGUUUGGGCUCAUCCGGAGUUUGGCCAAAUUCUCGCAACAUGCUCUUAUGAUCGGAGCAUUAGCAUUUGGGAAGAGCAAUUUGUGCGCGGAGAUAGCUCGAAGGGGCAGAAACGGAAGAAGACGUGGCUUCGUCGCGCCAAUAUUAACGAUAGUCGCGCAAAUGUCACCGAUGUCUGCUUCGCGCCGAGACACCUCGGAUUAUUGAUUGCUGCCGUCACCGCUCAUGGAACUAUUCGGAUCUAUGAAGCUGCCGAUGUGAUGGAUAUUAGCAAUUGGGCGCUGAUCCACGAGCUUCAGGCGUUCCACACGCGUUGUGGCUGCGUGACAUGGUCGAUAUCUCGAAUGCACCGGCCGCUUCUGGCCGUCGGUUCCGACGAGAAGAAGAGCGAGACGAAUGAGCGCAUCGUCGUUUACGAAAAUGUGGACGGACUACGCAAAUGGCAGCGACUCGUCACCAUCAAGCUCGAUUUGCCGAACCCUGUGACCGAUUUGCGAUUCUCGCCGAUCUCGUUAAUUGAUUCGCAUCAGCUUGCGAUCGCCGCUGGAGACGUUCACAUUUUCUGCAUCAAGGUGGCGAAGCGCGCUGUUCUCGAAGACGAGGAUAGUAAUCCGGUUGGCGAGAAUCCGGUGUUCUGCAACGAAUACUGCACUCAGCGAGUCGCGGUGCUCGGCGAUGCGCACAAAGCCUGGCGAGUCAAAUAUAAUAUUACGGGAUCUGUUCUAACAUCGACAAGCUUUGAUGGAACCGUUCGCUCUUGGAAAUCACUAUUCAUCAAUGAGUGGGUCAAAAUGUCGGAUAUGUCAUCUGAGGAUUACCUCCGAAUUCCUGGCGAGGAUGACGAGGAACAAGGCGAGAAGCCGCCGGUUGAAACCGAGUACAUGACCGAACGGCUCUCCGAUCAAAUUGCCAGAACAUGCUUCUAA